GAAGCCGCGCGCCGCCCGGUAGGAGACGCUCUGAUCAAGGUUCCGUGGCGGCCCAGUGCCCGGUCUAGCUCGCUCGCCGGCUGGCUCGCCUCCCGCCGCAGGACCAGCCCGCCGCCCUCCCUGCCAUGCAGCGGUUAGCCAUGGACCUGCGGAUGCUGUCCCGGGAGCUCUCCCUCUAUCUGGAGCACCAGGUCCGGGUUGGCUUCUUCGGUUCGGGAGUGGGCUUAUCCCUGAUCCUGGGCUUCAGCGUUGCUUAUGCCUGCUACUACCUAAGCAGCAUUGCCAAGAAACCCCAGUUAGUGACCGGGGGUGAGAGUUUCAGCCGCUUCCUUCAGGACCACUGUCCGGUGGUGACAGAAACGUACUAUCCGACGGUGUGGUGCUGGGAGAGUCGGGGACAGACACUGCUGAGACCUUUCAUCACUUCCAAGCCCCCGGUGCAGUACAGAAAUGAGCUUAUUAAAACUGCAGAUGGAGGACAGAUUUCACUGGACUGGUUUGACGAUGACAGCAGUAAGUGCUAUAUGGAUGCCAGCACCAGACCUACUAUCUUAUUGUUGCCUGGCCUCACUGGAACAAGCAAGGAAUCGUAUAUCCUUCAUAUGAUCCAUCUCUGCGAAGAAUUGGGAUACAGAUGUGUGGUUUUUAACAACAGAGGAGUGGCUGGGGAGAAUCUCUUGACGCCAAGGACUUACUGUUGUGCUAACACUGAAGAUUUGGAAACAGUUAUUCACCACAUACACAGCCUGUACCCUUCUGCUCCUUUUCUGGCAGCAGGGGUUUCAAUGGGAGGAAUGUUGCUUUUAAAUUACCUAGGCAGAAUUGGGUCUAAAACUCCUUUGAUGGCAGCUGCCACUUUCUCAGUUGGUUGGAAUACCUUUGCUUGCUCGGAGUCGUUGGAGAAGCCACUGAACUGGCUGCUUUUUAAUUACUAUUUGACAACCUGCCUCCAGUCUUCAGUUAAUAAGCACCGGCAUAUGUUUGUAAAACAAAUUGAUAUGGAUCAUGUUAUGAAGGCUAAAUCCAUCAGAGAGUUUGAUAAGCGAUUCACAUCAGUCAUGUUUGGCUACCGAACAAUUGAUGAUUAUUAUACGGAUGCCAGUCCAAAUCGUAGACUAAAGUCAGUAGGAAUUCCUGUGUUGUGUCUGAAUUCUGUGGAUGAUGUUUUCUCACCCAGUCAUGCUAUUCCAGUAGAAACUGCUAAGCAAAACCCUAAUGUGGCUUUGGUCCUUACUUCUCAUGGAGGCCAUAUUGGUUUUCUGGAAGGAAUCUGGCCAAGGCAAUCCACUUACAUGGAUCGUGUCUUCAAGCAGUUUGUGCAGGCCAUGGUUGAGCAUGGACAUGAACUCUGUAACAUGUAGUCUUCUGGUGUAUUUCGUCUGAACCACCAUUAUAAAGGCAGCUCAGCUUAGUGCACAAAUUUUAACUACUGUAUAUAAAGCAAAUAAGCCAGCAGGUGGGUGAAGAGGUCCAGAAUGACAUGCAAAAACUACUUUUUGGGGAAAUAAAACAACUUUGUAGCAAGAAAUUAAAUAUAGUAUUAGAUUGUUACGUAGAUUUUAUUUUUACUAUGCCUUACCAAGUAUGACCUUAAAGUAGUAUAAAUGGAAUUGCACUUAACCAAAACUAUCAUGUAAAAAGAUUUUAAUUCCUCAGGGUUUUAAUUUAGACUAGUAUUUUUUAGAUUACUCAUUUUAGGUAAUUUAAUGGUACUUUAAUAACUGUUAAGAGGUUUUGUUUAUUUGAAUGUAAGUUGGCACAUUCCUAAGGGUGUCUGUACCUUGACGAUAUAUCAUGAUAACAUGAAGACUGAAAUACAAUACACUAAAUCUUUUAUGUAUUCUAACUUUAAAAGACAAGCGCAACAAUGUUAGACUGACUUCAAUACAUGCUCUUUUACUCUGAUAAUAUUCAAUUAGGGCUGAUUUAUGUUUUAUAAUGAUUAUAAUUCACAUGCUUAUUUUUAAAAUAGUAUAUAUGCAUACAUAUAUACCAUUAUAUUAAAAUAAAUUCUACCAUUUUAAACUG